AUGGUGGGCCUGGUUGCUGACUCUGGAAAGGAAUACCAGGAAAAACUCAUUAAGAGCGUCAAGAAGGAGGUGAAGCAGUUGAUGGAGGAAGCAGUGACAAGAAAAUUUGUCAAUGAAGACAGUGGUAGCAUCACUUCAUUGUGCGCUGCUGUGGAAUCAUGUCUGUCUCAUGGACUAAGACGUCGAGCAUUGGGCCUCUUCAAAUCUAGUUCUACUACUGCUCUCAUCCACAAGAUUGGGAAAACAUAUGAGCCAGCAAGUAUUGUUUCCAGUAUCCUACAAGAAACAGAAGGCAUCGAUCCCAAUAAACGUUCUUCCUCAAGCAGUGACAGCCUGAAUCGAUCCAAGCCCAUCCUUCAGAAGAAGAAUUCCAAUAGUGGAACCAUGGGAACUCAUAAAUAUGCUUGGAUCCGCAUUGCUUUGUUAGAGAAACAGCUUGCCAAGAUCAUUGACCACCUGGUCUCCAAUGCCAGCAAGUACUAUGACAAAGAUGCCCUUGUAGCUGAUCCUGACUAUGGACCCAUCUUGAGCUCACUCCUUGUGGGUCCCUGUGCAUUGGACUUCUCCAAGCUGAAAACAGCCGAUCAGUUCUGGACUGACCCCCCAGCUGAUGAGCUGGUACAGCGACAUCGAAUCUCAUCUUCCUGCUUUAGCCCUGGGAGCAGUCCCCAGACUCCCCCUUCUGCACGUAGGCUUGGUCUGCAGAGGUUUGACUUCGGUUAUUUCUUGCCUGGACCUCUAUCCAUCUUCCAUAAUCUCAUGCUUGUGAUUGGGGGAAAGUACCGAAAACCCCUACCAACAGGAUCAUCAGAAGAGAUCCAUCGGUCACUGCCUCCCCUUGCUAAGGAUUAUGUAGAAUCUCUCCAUCAAAACAACAGGGUUACUCUUCUCUAUGGCAAGAACAAUGUGGUUGUGCAACCACACAAAUCAAAUAAUCCAGAAGUUGAAGCUUUGGCUGGAUACUUGUCACUUCACCAAACUGUUGAGGGCCUACUCAUGCGGUGGACCCCCAAUCAACUCAUGAAUGGGUGCUGUGAAGAAGAGAAUGUUUCCCCUCCCCCACAGGACAAAAGAGGAAGCAUGGGAACAAUAGAUGAAUCGGAGGAAGGGGGAAUUGAUUUAAUGCAGAAGCGGUUCAAGCGUAGUGUGAGCAUUCCCACCUUCCCAUCUCCACUUGUCCGUAAUCCAUCAUUCUUGCAUGCCUCCACUCGUGCACUGGAAUGCAUCCAAAGCGCUGUAUAUUGGGAUUAUGCCCUGAACCUGAAAGUGGAUGACAUUGUGUAUCUCCAUUGCCAUCAAUCUGCUGGAGAGAAGGGAGGGACAUUAGUGCUGGUGGGGCAAGAUGGAGUUCAGCGUCCUCCACUCCAGUUCCCACCUGGGGGGCAUUUACUUGCAUUUCUUUCCUGUCUUGAGACUGGGCUUCUUCCAAAUGGACAGUUGGACCCCCCUCUCUGGUCUCAGAGGGGCAAAGGAAAAGUGUUCCCAAAGCUUCGACGGAAGGGGAGGUCACUGACUGAUGGAGAUGGAAAAGAUGAGGCCAUGGAUUAUGUGUUCCGUAUCCUCACAAAUGUCAAGCCCUCUUCCCUUAGUGCUGAUGUGCUGGAGAGGACUCAGAGCCUCCUCCCUGGACUGGGUUUGGGAAGAGUGAAGAAGAAACCUCCUCUAUCCCCACGUACCCCCACAUCAUCACCCCGCCUCCCGUCAUCCACAUCUUCCACCUCCUCCACCAAGAGCCUUUCCCUCCCAGAAUCGCUCUCCGUCCCUCCCUCUCCCAUCCCUGAAGGGAUACAACAGGUGUGUGAUACAAUGCGCAGACAAAUAAUCUCAAGAGCUUUCUACGGCUGGCUGGCCCAUUGUCGACACCUGCGCACUGUUCGCACCCACCUCUCUGGACUUGUGCUUCCCACCAUUGUCUCUCCCACUCAGCCUACAGAUGGAAGCAAAGGUGUGACAGAGGAAGUUUGGUUGAGCUUCCACCAGGACUCCCAAGUUACUGAUGCUGAUGAGAUCUACCGUCUUGUUUACUUUGGAGGGGUGGAACAUACCAUCCGACCCCUUGUGUGGCCAUAUCUACUGGGCCACUAUCCUUUUGGGAGUACAGAGGAAGAGCGAGGAAUGUUAGAUGAGGCAAUCCAGGCACACUAUGAGACCACAUUGUCUGAAUGGUUGGCUGUUGAGGCGAUUGUGAGGCAACGGGAUAAAGAAAACCUAGCUGCCACCCUUGCCAAACUUUCCUCAGAGAGUACUAGUGAAUCUCGCUCCCAGGAGCUAGAAGCUGCCCUUGCUGCUCAGGGCCAAAACAUGAGCAAUGAGGUACUGGUGUUUGAUGAUGGUGAGGUGGAGGCAGAUGGAGCUUCAUGUGCUUUCAGGGCUCCAGAUGAUGAAAGUAAUAUCAAAAUUGAAGCUGAACCCAAAGCCUCAGAUGGUAGUACAAGGAUUGGGGAGGAAAACAAACUGGCAACACUGACUGAAGAGAGAGAUGUGGCAGCUGAGGGAGACAGAAAUAUUGUUGUCACAAACCCUUCAGUUGACCAGGGUCCAUCUCCUGUCCAUGGCAAGUUGUCCUAA